GCGAGGCUCUCCUUAGGCAUGAUAAUGGCUUGAGAAAAAAGGAAUAAAGAACACCAACUUUGCUGUUGUUACAUGGUCUAACUGGGACUGUCGAGUGAUGCUGGAAUCCGAGUGCCGUUUUAAGAAGAUACGGAAGCCUCCUUAUUUCAACCGCUGGAUCAACUUAAAGAUUCCUUUCCGUGAAGUAUAUGGUGCUGCAAGGUGCAAUCUAAAGGAGGCUGUUGAGAUGGCAGGCUUGGCUUGGCAAGGCCGGGCUCACUGUGGCUUGGAUGAUGCCAAAAACACUGCUCGCCUGCUGGCACUCCUCAUGCACAGGGGUUUUAGAUUUUCGAUCACAAAUUCCAUUAUGUGGCAGGCUGCUGAUCGAUCACUGAUGCGGGGGCAUUUGCCGGAGCACAUCAGUGUUUUCCCUCAUCAUCCCUACAAAGUAAAGGAUAUGAAUACCCCUAUGUUUCAGUAUCACCCUUUCUGUUUCUGUGGGGUGAAAAGCAGUAGGGGAAUGGUGAGGAAGCCAGGUCCCAAGCAAGGAAGCCUCUUCUUUGGCUGUGGAAAUUGGACUGCAGCUAGAGGCGCCCGCUGCCAUUACUUUGAAUGGGCUUCUCCUUAACUGAAACCGCCAAUCAUGAUCGAUUCCAAGGUGUUCUUACAUAUUUUAUGUAAAAAAAGGAAAAAAAUCAAAAAGAAAAGAAAAGUGGAUGAUGAAAAGUGGUGAGUGGGUUGGAUUGUCUCCUACUGGAAGUCUGUAUGCCUGGCUGUGUUGUGGUGUGAUGUGAGGCUUCUGCAUCAUGAAAUACAGACAAGAAUGUUUUAGCUCAAUUGCUCUAUGUUAUGUCUGGCAAACAUCCAAGUAGUCUUCCUUAGAACAAGAGGGAGCUUCAACCUGUAAAGCUGACUUGUUGACUGGAGAAACAAUUGGGAAUAUAGGGAAAGGGUAGUUAGGAUGAUGAUGAUGCUUUUACAUGCUCACGUUCAGGCAUGCUAAAUUAUCUUCUUUUCUUUCAAAUAAUCCAUGGGAUAGGACUGUUUGUUUCCUUGAUCUAUUAGGAUUUGGGAAUCACUGUAUCUGCUUGUGGCUGGUUUGCUCGCUGCAUUUCUUUCUUGAUAACAAUUUAACGUGGAGCUUCACUGCUCAACAGUCAUAAGGGAUCAGGCUUACCUAAUUCUACUUUGCCCUAAUUCUUCUCAUAUUUUGGAUGGUCCUUAUCUACCCCAGGUUAGAAGUAAUGGUUCGGAUUUCUGCAAUGGAAGAUUUUUGACGUAGCAAAUUCCAAUCCAGGGGUGGUUGAUGACUCGUGAGGAAAAUGGCGUGAGUUUAGCUCUUACGCUUUCAUAAUCCUAUCAAAACACUGAAGAUUGAUGCUUUUUAACUGUUUAGUUAGGGUUUUACAACAAGAGUAAAGACUUUUGAUUGUAUGUCCACUUACAAUGUUAUCCUAAUAAAUAUCAAUUAUAUAUUA